AUGCAGGGUCUCGUCUUCCUCGCCGGUCUUCUGACCGCUGUCAAUGGAGGUGCUUUACUCCCUCGAACGGCCAACUAUCCAGAUCCGCAAUACAUGCCCUCGGGCAGUGGUGACAACUCAGCAAUCCAUCCAAGCGAAAGUCAAGACAAGCCUCUACCACCACACAGUGGAGGCGGAGCAUACCCCCCUCCAUCCUACUCCGGAGGAGGAAGCGGAGGCUCCCUGUCCAACCCCAGCGGAGGACCAAGUGGAAGUGGUGGUGGAGGCGCCGGAUACUCGCCUUCAUCCAACGGCGGAUCGGACAACCCCAGCCAAGGCGGAAGUGGAAGUGCUGGAAGCGGAAGUGGUGGAAGCGCAAGUGGUCUCAUCUGCGGCGCCUCAGACAUAGUAGACCACAUCGUCGUCAAAGGCGACACCCUCGGAAAACUAGCCCACCAAUUCAACACCGGCAUCUGCGAUAUCGCCAACCUAAACAACAUCGCCAAUCCCAACCUGAUCAUCACCGGCACUACCCUCCACAUACCCGAGAACUGCGCCAAUCCGGAUAACACCACCUGCCACCCUGACCAGGAUACUACCCCAACUGAAGUCUGCGUCCUCGGCUUGCCUGGCACGUACACCGUCAAGUCCGGCGAUACUCUGAACCAAAUCAGCAAGAACUUCAACAUCACGCUCCAAUCGCUCGAAGGGGCAAACACGCAGAUUUCGAAUUUCGAUGUCAUUACCCCCGGGGAACUGAUCAAUCUCCCCAUUUGCCCGAAUAGCCAAUGUGAGAAUGUAGGAACCUACACCAUUCAGAAUGGGGAUCUGUUCGUGGAUCUGGCGAAGAAAUAUGGCACAACCAUUGGCCAGAUAGAAGCUUUGAACGAGAAUGCGGAUCCGGAGCAGCUGCAGCCGGGAAUGGUGAUUGUUCUGCCGCAAGGGUGUAGGAAUCUCACGGAGGCUGUUGCUUGA